AUGGCGGGUAGUCCUAUCAUCAAUCAAAUGGAAUUUCUGGAUCUACCGAACGAGAUCAUUGGAGAGAUCAUCGAAUAUCUGAAACAAAAAGACUUAUCUUCACUUAUUCGAGUUAACCAACGGCUUCAUUUCCUUUUUUCCGAGUAUCUGCUCCAGUACAAUGUACGACAUCAACAGGGUCGGGCUCUUACGUGGGCGGUGACGAAAGGGUUUGCAUCACUUACUCGUAAAUUGGUUGAGCUUGGGGCAGACGUCAAUCGCCAGAUCGAUGUUCGAGGACGUAAAUUUGCUCGGCCGACGCUACUUCAUAUUGCUGCCGCGAAGAGGAAUCUUCCCAUGAUUAAGUUGCUCUUCGAAAUUGGAGCCGACCUCAAUCAAAGAGACGAUAAAGGGCGAGCACCACACUACUGGGCUUUGCUUUCAAGAAACGAAAAGAUAAUACAAGAGUUCUCUUGGAGGACGAAAAACUUGGCGAAAUUCGUCGUCGAUGGCUCACAAAGCCGCACUUCUCUACAUUUCGCUGCUUGUUUCGGGUUAACCGGCACGAUUAGGUACUUUGUCGAAGCCGGUAUGGAUGUCAACGCCAGGGACAAGGAGGGCAAAACGCCCUUGGACCUGGCGAAAAGAGCUCUGCGGGAAGGACAUUGGCACCGACCCUCCGAUAUCAAUGACGACAAUGCAGUCGAGACCAUGAGGUUACUAGUGGUACUUGGAGAAGAUCCCGCAGCCGCAAACUGGUUCGUGGCCGACAAUACUGGCGGACGAAGAAGCUAUCAUUACAGCUAUGGUGAUCUCGAUGAUGGAGUAAACAAUCAAGGGAUUGAAACUUUCGAGUCCAG